AUGGUUCAUGGAGGGUUUGUGGAUGCUUGUGCUUACUUCUUGGCACCAUCUGAAAGAAAAGAAAAGGAUUUAAGUGAAAAGAAGCAAGGGCUGUCAACAGGUCAGGUUCAGUCACUUUCGUGCCCGAGUCUCAUUCUUAAGGACCCAGACCCAGAUCCAAUCAGGUUCAGCUGCCCAUUGGGUACCCAAUGGUUCUUUAAAUCUUUUCAGCUAUUUAGAGAGCUUUGGGUUUUGUUGAAUUACGUUCUCUAUGGGAAAAUUGCAGGUCUGCAAAGGUAUGGAAAGGGCUGCAGACUGAGGUGGAUAAAUUACCCGAGGCCUGAUCUUAAGAGAGGCACAUUCUUGCAGCAAGAAGAGAACCUGAUAAUCGAACUUCAUACAGUUCUAGGCAACAGGCAACACCUUCGUACGGGUAGCUAG